ACGAGAGGGAUGACCGUGACAGAGUGCGAAAAUCAUGCUGUCAAGCUGUACACAAUCUUGGCGCUUCUUUUCCGAUCAAUCCGUGAUUUUUCCUGUACCGACAACGGCCGUCUACCGGAGCUAAUCGAUAUACAAUGUCUACGAUAAAUAAGCUGGAAAUACGAGGAAUACGCAGUUUUGGCGUUGAGCGUGGAGAUGUUCAGCAAAUAAACUUUCGGUCACCCCUAACAUUGAUCGUGGGUCAAAAUGGAUGUGGAAAGACGACUAUCAUCGAGUGUCUGAAGUAUGGUUUGACCGGAGAAGUUCCACCGGGCACCUAUCGAGGUGUCGGGUUUGUGCACGACCCAAAGAUAUUCAACACGGUGGAAAGCCUCGGGCAGGUGAAGCUAAUGGUAAAGGAUUUCACCGGCAACACGGUAACGGCCAUUCGUUCGAUGAAAAUAACACACAAGGGCAAGAACCCAAAGUUUGAAACGAUGGAUUCGACUAUCACCAUGGAGAAUGCACAAACGAAGGAGAAGAUCACGAUGACCCGGUCCCGUGUAGCGGACAUAAACAACGAAAUGUGCGACGCAAUGGGCGUUUCCAAGGCCAUAUUGAACAACGUGAUAUUUUGCCACCAGGAAGAUUCCUGUUGGCCGCUGGAAGAGCCAAAAGAGUUGAAGAAAAAGUUCGAUGCUAUCUUCGGUACGACCGAGUACAACCGGGUCAUCGACAAGUUGAUCAAAAUCAGCAAAGAAUACAAUGAGAAGCUGAAGGAAAAGAUGGGGGAUUUGAAGCUGUUGCAGAAUAUCAAAGCGCAAGCAGAAUCCAAACAAUUGCAGCUGGAAGAUGGUGAUCGAAAAAUGGCAAAGUUGAACCAAACUAUUGAGGACUUGGAAAGCGACAUCAAGCCGAUCCAGACUAAGCUGGAGCAGCUGGCUUUAGUCGAGCGCCAAUAUUCUUCACUGUUGGCUAAAAAGAUAGAAUUUAGCUCAAAGAUUAAGAGCAAGCAUGAGCAAAGUCAACAGCUAAAGUCAAAGAUAAAAAAACUGUUCGAAGGAUCAUUGCCAGAGUUGGAGGUGGAAAUCAAAAUAUUCCAGCAAACUUCUGCGUCCAAACAUGCCGAGCUGGAAGAGGAUGAAUCGGAACUGCAACGAAUCAAAUCGCAGGAUCGUUCACUGCAGAACAAGCUACAGUCGAUCGAAGCACAAAAGAUUGAGCUUGCCGAAAAACAGAAACGAGAGCGCGAGCUUCAGAUUGAACGAGGUAAAAAGAUUAGGGCACUCGGCGAUAAACUUACGCUACCGUUGUCCGAUGACUAUGGGGAUGCUUCGGUCGGCGCCAACGUAAUCGAAUCGGCCCUUAACUCGAUUCGGAACGCUUUACAGAAACAGGAGAAAGAUGUACAAUCUAAAACUAAAACAUUCGAAGAAGAAGAUGUACGGGCUCAAAAAAGCAUUGAUAAAUUGCGCGAAACCAAGGCUACGCUGGAAAGUGAUUGUGCUUCGAAGCGCAAGCAAAUCGAUCAGUUAGAACGAGAAAAACUGCAAACAAUGCGUGAAGUGGCUGAAAUAGAACGAUCUGCAGAAACGUUGAAACGAUUGAUCGAUGAAAUCAAUCGACUCGAGCAAGAGUACGAAACACAGGUGAAAGCUGCCAAUUUGCCGGAAAUGAGAAAGGAACUUGGUGAACGGAAGCAGCUACGCGAUCAGCUGCAAGAUCAGCUUGAUCGUUUGGAAGAGCGCAUAAGCUCGCUGGACGCAGUAGCGCUCAAGGAACAGGAACUAACACUGAAAGAGCAGCAAUGUACGGGCCGUGAAACGGAGCUUCGCCGAUUGCGUAAUAAGCAUGCGGAUAGUUUACGUCGCCUUUUUCCUGACCGCACGAUCGAAUCGAACUUCAAGAGCAAUCUACAAAACCUGUACGAUGAUUUGCAAAAAGAAGUUAAAAACGUGAACGAAAACAUGCGCCGUGCACAAGCGAUUGUGACCGAAAUGGAAACUACUCGCAAAAGCCAAAAGCAUCAACUCGAACGGCUGGAGCGUGAUUUGGCAGAUGCGGAGGAAAGGAUUUAUAGCGCGUGCCGGGGCAAUGCUUACGAGGAAGUGUUGGCAAAGCUAAACGAAAAGAUUCUGAAAAACAACAUGGAGCACGGCGAAGCACGAUCGGCUGUAGUGCUGUACCGUAAGUUUAUCUCCAACAUCGAAAACGAUCACUGCUGUCCGGUGUGCGAGAAGGGGUUGGAGAAUGAAGAUGUUCACGACGUCAGUGGCAAGCUGUCGGACGAAAUUCGACGACUGCCCGAGAAGAUUGAAUCGCUGGAAAGGACGCUAAAACAGGAUCGUUCCGAUUAUGAUAAGUUGCUCGCUUUGAAGCCCAUCUCGGAACGGUUGGAAAAGCAAAAGAAAGAGCUGCCGCAGCUGAAACAGCAGUUGCAGGAAACAGAGAAGCGAUUGACCACCGCAUCGGACGAACUGGAAGAGUAUCAGCUUGCGGUGUCGGAACCGACGGCCAACAUGCAGCUUAUUAAUACCAUUGUCGGUGAUAUGAGCGUGCUGGACAAGCUUGGUAGCGAACUGGAACGCAUGAAGCGCGGUGUUGAUGAGCUACGGUCGCAACUCGGCACAAGCAUUCCUGAAGGCGUCACCAUUGAAUCGCUCAAGUCGGAACGCGAAACGAUGCGUGGUAAGUUUAAGACGGAGCGCAAAUUGGUGGAUGAGCUGCAGAACACGAUCGAUACAAAGACGGAAAAGCUCAAUAACCUGCAGUCUCGCAACAAUCAGAUGAAGUCAAAGAAGCUGAAGUUACAGGAAUCGGUUCAGUCAUUAGAUCAGAAGCGUGCGAACGUUAAUGAACUGGGUGGGAAAAUUUGUACCCUAGGCGAUGAAUUGAAAGACGCAGAAUCACAACUUAACCCAGUGAAGAUACAACUGCAAAAGGAAUUGGAACAAAAGCAGCGCACCAAGGAGCAUAACAACAGAGAACUUCAAAAAUUACGCAAAAUGUUAGAUGGGUUGCGUUGGGAGGAGACGGAAAUCGUUAGGCUGGGGUGUGAGUUAGAAGAACUGGCGACACUCAAUUUGAGUGCCGAGUUGAGUCGUCUGCAGACGAAAAAGGAGCAGGUACAGCAGGAGCAGGACCAGCUGAAACGCACCAUGGAAUGUAAAGCUAAAAAUAUCGAAAAGCUUCGGCAAGACAUUGCCAAUCAGCAUUUACAGCAACGUGACCUGAUUGACAAUCGUGACCUAAAGCGUUUGAUACGUGAAACGACUGAUUUGGAAGCUGAGCUAGCAGUGCUGGUUAAGAAUAUGGGAGAAAUGGAGGUGGGCAGCGCACAGAAAGAGCGCGACCGGCUGAUCGAUGUCCGCGAUGGGUUGCAGGCCAAGCGCAGCGAACUUAACGGUCAGGUCGGUGAGCUGCAGCGUCAGCUAAACGAGCUUCGGAAGGAGCUGGAUCGCAGCGAGUAUCGCAAUGCCGUUCGCAACUAUAUCACCACCCUGAGCGAGUCGAUAGUGCAGCGAAAAAUCAUAAGCGACAUCAAGAAGUACCGGGACGCACUCGAAAGUGCAUUGCGCGAAUAUCACACGGAAAAGAUGCAGGAGAUCAAUCGGACAAUUUUCUCCCUGUGGCGUGAUAUCUAUCGCGGAAACGAUAUCGAUUACAUACGCAUCAAUACGAUGGACGAUGGUGUAGCGGAACGGUCGGAUAAGCGCCGCGCAUAUACGUACGGUGUCGUGCAGGCAAAGAAUGAUGUGGAGAUCGAUAUGCGAGGUCGGUGCAGUGCUGGGCAGAAGGUACUGGCCUCGCUCAUCAUACGUUUGGCGCUGGCGGAAACGUUUAGCAGCAACUGUGGCGUGAUGGCACUGGACGAACCGACGACCAAUUUGGACAGAGACAACAUCGAGUCGCUGUGCGAAUCUUUGCGUCGGAUUGUUUCCGAACGGGAAGGAGGUCACUUUUUGUUGAUUGUGAUCACGCACGAUGAGGAGUUUGUGACGAAGUUGGAAAAGUUUGAAAAUUACUAUCGCAUUUCGCGCAACAGUGAAGGUAAGUCGGUGAUUAAAGAGGAGCAUCUCUAAAUGCUAAUAUUCCACGCGUGAGCGAUCCUAUUUUCCUUGUUACUCAGGUAUUUGUAAUGAUUGUUUUACAAAUAAAGUUAAUAUUCUUUUUGUAAA